UGCCCUUUGGUUCCAUGUUUUGUUUUCAUUUCUCAGACACUGAGGACCCUCUCUCUUUCUUCUGCAUCAGCAGCACUGCACUAAGUGAACAAAUCUCUGAGUUUCCAAUGUGAAGAGAGCAACGAACAUGGCUCAAAUGGCUGCGAGGAUCCUCGGUUGCAAGUGUAAACCGCUGGUUGCGCUCCGCAAAUGGCGCUGCUCGUCGUACUCCUCCGCUUCCGCUGCGGCGGUGGCGGCGGAGAACACGGAGGUGAAGGAUUAUGCCGAUUACCGGAGGUCACUGUACGGACAGAUCACUCACAAGGCCCUUCUGGUUGACGCUGUUGGAACUCUUUUCAUCCCUUCUCAACCCAUGGCAGAGAUAUACAGGAAGAUUGGGGAGAAGUACGGUGUGGAGUAUUCGGAGGAUGAGAUACUGUAUAGAUACAGAAGAGCGUACGGUCAGCCUUGGGGUAAAUCUCGUCUCAGAUAUGUUAAUGAUGGUAGGCCGUUCUGGCAAUAUAUAGUUAGUUAUUCCACCGGCUGUUCAGAUCCUCAAUACUUUGAAGAACUUUAUAACUACUAUAUGACAGACAAGGCAUGGCACCUCUGUGAUCCAGGUGCAGAAGAAGCAUUCAAAACUCUUAGAGAAUCAGGUGUGAAAUUGGCUGUUGUGUCAAAUUUUGACACUCGAUUAAGACCUCUCCUGCGGGCAUUAAAUUGCGAUAGUUGGUUUGAUGCUGUAGCAGUGUCAGCUGAGGUUGCGGCAGAGAAGCCAAAUCCAACUAUAUUUCUUAAAGCAUGUGAACUAUUGGGUGUAAAACCUGAAGAUGCUGUUCAUGUUGGGGAUGAUCGCAGAAAUGAUAUAUGGGGUGCCAGAGAUGCAGGCUGUGAUGCUUGGCUUUGGGGCAGUGAUGUUUAUUCCUUUAAGGAGAUAGCACAGAGGAUUGGGGUCCAGAAUGCUUAGACAGCCCAUUUGCCACUGAAUUCCCUUCCCGAAAGAUAUGCUGUCAUUAUAAUGUAAGUGAAGUCAUCACCGAAAUAUUCAGUUUCGAUAAUAACAUUUUGGAAGCCACGAUCUUCGGCCAGUUUCAAGCCAUGGAGAAUGCCUCAUAUUCAGCCUGCAUAAUAGUGCAGCUACCCAAAAAAACCACAACACAAGCUUCCCAUUGAUCUCGGAUAAUUCUCCCACAGAAAGCCUUAGACAAAGUAUUAAACAAUGAUCUAUCCGGGUUGAUUUUAACUCAGCUUUGGCGAAGGAAUCCAUCCAACAUGUUUAGCUCCCUGUAAAAUCUGUGGACCCUUGUAAGCUAUAUAUACUUUUUGGGUACUUACAAUUUGAAUUCUUUUGACACCUGGGAUAUUAUUGGAAUGACUUUUAGAAUUAUUGUAUCAAAUUUCUGUCUUGG